AUGCAUUCCUGGAAACUUCUCCUCCUCUCCGCCGCCCUCAUCUUCGCCGCCUUGGGAGUCAAAGUCUCUCUUCCAGUAGCAGCCACUCAGCUCCCUCUCCUCUGGACCUCCUUCCUCCUCUUCCUCAAGCCUCCUUACCUCUUCCUCCUUCUCAACACCAUCAUCAUAUCCAUCGUCGCAUCCUCCAGAUUCCACCACCCAAAACAUCAACCCGGCUCAACUCCUCCUCCUCCUCCUACCCCUCCUCCUCCACAGAUUCAAUCCCCGCCACCCACAGCUCCAGAACCACCGCUUCUCGAAAUAAAAGCCGUAUUUGUUAACGGUUCCGCCGUGCUCCAAGAAGAAGAAGAGGAAAAGAAAGUAAUAAACCAAGGAAUGACAGUAAAGAGAACAGACUCGACGGAGAUUCCAUCGCCGUCGGAGAAACCUCUCUUGUCUGCUAGGUUCACUCAACGGAAAUUCCUUAAAUCCACUAGUGAAGGUGGGAGAGCGUUGAGGGUGGUGGCCAAGGCGAAACGGCACGAAACGUUGGAGAGCACGUGGAAGGCCAUAACGGAGGGUCGAUCCAUGCCAUUGAGCAGACACAUGAAGAAGUGUGACACGUGGCACAGCCGCGGCAACCUCGCCCCACCCCCGGAAAACAAGUCCGAUGAGACAUUCAGCGAGGUGCCAAGCGCCGGGAGGCUGCGGAAAGAACCGUCGCUGAGUCAAGAGGAGUUGAAUCGGCGCGUGGAAGCGUUCAUACGGAAGUUCAACGACGAGAUGAGGUUGCAGAGACAACAAUCCUUAGAACAGUACAUGCAGAUGAUUAACCGCGGUGCCGCUUAA